AAAGACGAACUCCUUUCUGUGAAUCGACAGUUUAAUCUGAAGCGUGCAAAACCAUCUCCAACGGUUUUGAUUCCUGUAGCGGCCGAUUCACCUAUACCAUCCAUACCACUGAUGUUAAACGGGAAUUACAUGUCGCCAGGACCCCUGAUGGUACCAUCGUUGGAGGGUUUGUCCCAUGUACAUUUUCCCAAAAUCUCUGAGUACAGAGACCUUGAUCCUCCUGUUCCUCAGGACCUAGAAACCGAGGAAGAUCACCCAAAACUUGCAAGAGAUGCCGAAUCUACCGACGAAAUAACUUCACUAUAUCUUCAUAAGCGGUUCGGAUUCAUUCUCUCUCUGGGUGAUGUCUUCAAGUCACUGUACGAAUUUUUGCUUGGACAGCAGAAGGAAAAUACAGUAAUAGAAGGUUCCCACUACGACCAAAACCUCAUCAGGUACUUGGAGGAUAUCAAUGCGUUCACCAUUGGAGACACCCAAAUGUCCACAUCAGACAUGCGAGAGUUGUUGUCGAUUUACUUUGCUAAAUUCAACAAAAUGCUUCCUAUAAUCUAUGAACCAAUCUUCUGGGAAGAUUUUGAUACUAGAACCUUACCCCAUCUUCUAUUAUACCCCAUAAUCCUAGUGGUGCUGACAGACAAACUAAGCGAGCCGAUCAUGAGGAGAUUUCUUGGUGACGUGGACUUCGAGACCAGAUUGCUGGAAUUCAAUGACCUGCUUGAGUUCAAGAUUCGCCAGUUUUUGUUGUUGUUAGGACGUUUGGAAAAAAACAAGUUCGUACGGAUGUUGGUUCAUAUGCUCUUGGCCAUGAGCUUCACAGUGUACCCCUCAGGUGCAGUAGGCUAUAUGAAUGACAUUUCUUCUGCCGUCAACCUUGCUGUUUCGUUGAAAUUAGAUGAGGAAGCAGAUCCUUCAACACUUCCAGAAAAGAUUAGAGAACACAGGAGGGGCCUUAUAUGCCUGUUUGGCAAACCUAAAUACUCAAACUUGACCUUCAGUUCUAUAUCAAGCAAACUCCCUACCAACGCAUACUUGCUCAAGUUUAUCAAUGCCCUUAAACCAAUUGAUAACGCUUCAGUAUUGUCUGGAGUGUACCACAAAUCUCCACUUUGAGCUCCAGUUUUUCCCGAUAUAAUGAUAAUAUGUUGGAGAUCAUACUGAGAGUCUCAAGAAACUCGAUUCUUAUUCUGUUACCGGUUCAAGGUCCGCAAAAUCGGAUGACCGGUGUAAAACUCACUGCUGCCAAGAACAUCAUUACAUAUCUCGUGCUUUUAAAUGAGGCCUGGCUGCUUCAUUUAUCUAUUCUUAUUUGGGGUUUGAAAAUCAGUGUAGAGGUGGUACUUGAAUAUCCUACCAAAUUCGAAAACCUCCCAGAAAUCCUGGAAUUAUUGAGAUUCUAUUCCAAAAAGUGGUCCCACUUAAAGAAACUACAGCAGAAGUUGGAUAAACUCAUUGAUCAACAGGUUUAAGGCAUUUAUUGGCAAUAUUUCAUGUAUAGUUCAAAACACACGGAUCUAAUUAUCAUCAAUCUCGUCUUCCCAGCCGUCGUCAUUAUCGUCACCUCUCUGAGGCAUCAACUCACUCAUUAUGGGCCCUCCAAAUUCAGCUAAAAGACUGUUUAUGGACUCUGUUAACUCCGGAUCCAAGUCGUCACUGGUUUGGAGAAUUUUGAAUGCACUUGUCAAUAUGAGCUUGACAUCGCUUUUAGUAUCUUCAUCUACUACACUGUUUGGUAGGUCUCUAUAGUCGGUUUGUUUGUCUCUUUGUGGAUACUGCUGCUUGGACUUGAACAAAUUGGCCAACACUUCGUAGUAGUAAAUGUCUAAGAUCUGGUCGUUGAUGUCUUGAGUGGCCUGACACACUUCUAUAGCCAAGUCAUAAAGUUCCAAUUCGAUUGCAAAUUUAAUAAUGGUAAUGAACGGCUGGAUCAACUCGAUCACUUCAAAAUUCAUUUCGUCAUUGAUUGACUCAAGCUGGAUCUUUUGCUUUCUUUGUUGGAACAAUUCCCACGAUCUAGCAAGAGCUUCUUCAGCAUCUUCAUUUCUUUGUUGACUGAUUCUGAUGGAAGCUAGCAAAGAAUACGUUUCCGGGUAAGAAUCGUCGACCUUCAACGCAUAGUCGAUAAGUUCAUCACAUUUGGAUUCGGCUUCAGGCUCCAUACACAAGUCUGUCAUCCAGAUUUCGAUUUUAGCGAAUAUACCUUCGUUGAGUUUCUUGAUAGUCUUUAUAUCUUUAUUUCCAUUUUCAAACUGUUCGUUCAACUUGUUUAAUCCCACAUCCAAAUAAGCUAUACCAUCUUCUCCCCCAAUGAUUUGUCCUAGGUAGAGGAAUUUUUCCACUCCUUUGUCAGCUAUUGGAUCCAUUUCACAUGUUUUGAUGAAAAGAUUAUAAGCAUCUUCAACCUGGUUAUUCUCCAAUAAAACUUCCCCAUAUAGUUGUAAAUACUCUAUAUCGGCUUGGUUUUCUACAAGCUUGGAUGUGAGAAGCUCCAAUGCCUCCUCUGGCAAUGAGUUAUCAAGAAAGUGUCUUGCUUCUUCAAUAAUACCCAUGACAAGAACAGUAUGGCCUAAUUA